UCGAGCAGCGCGCAUGCGCUGUUGGGGCAGGAGGGAGUCUGGCCGCUGUUGUGAGCGCCGCCGCUGUUGCCGCUCCUCCUCCUCCUCCUCCUGUCAGUUCCGGCUGUUGGGCCUCGGAGCCGCCGCCUGAGGAGGUCUCUCGCUCUCCUUUCCCGCCCGUUCCCCCCCGUGGUCCUCCCCGUCGACGCCGCCGGCCAUGGCCCGGGACUACGACCACCUCUUCAAGCUCCUCAUUAUCGGCGACAGCGGUGUUGGCAAGAGCAGUUUGCUGUUACGUUUUGCCGACAACACUUUCUCAGGCAGCUAUAUUACCACAAUUGGAGUAGACUUCAAAAUCCGGACAGUUGAGAUCAAUGGAGAAAAGGUCAAGCUACAGAUCUGGGACACUGCAGGGCAGGAACGUUUCCGAACCAUCACAUCAACGUACUACAGAGGAACACAUGGGGUCAUUGUGGUUUAUGAUGUCACAAGCGCCGAGUCCUUUGUGAACGUCAAGCGGUGGUUGCAUGAAAUCAACCAGAACUGUGAUGAUGUUUGCCGGAUAUUAGUUGGUAAUAAGAAUGAUGAUCCUGAACGGAAAGUGGUGGAGACAGAAGACGCGUAUAAAUUUGCUGGGCAGAUGGGGAUCCAACUGUUUGAGACCAGCGCUAAAGAGAACAUUAAUGUGGAAGAGAUGUUCAACUGCAUCACAGAGUUGGUUCUGCGAGCCAAGAAAGACAACUUAGCAAAGCAGCAGCAGCAGCAACAGAAUGACGUGGUGAAGCUAACAAAGAACAGUAAACGGAAGAAGCGAUGCUGCUAAUGCUCUUUCACCUGCGGCAGAGACUGGGCGUGCGGACAGCUCGGCCCUUCCAACCAGGUGCAAGCGAUUCCACUGAGCUCUGCCCUGGGAGAACUGAUGGGGUUUUUCUCCUCACUCUGUGCCGUUAUUUAAAUGAGUUCUCCCCCACAUUUUCGGUCAGGAGGCACCCUUACCACAAUAGUGCCAAGAAGGUCUUGGAUGGAGGGAGUUCUGCCCUUCUCUCCUCCCGACUCUUUUUUCAAGAGCAUCUUGGAGACAAAAUGUGACUUUGCCUACCAAGGGGACUUUUGAGCCUAAGAGUUUGUACAUAAUGUAUAUUUGCUUUAACCAGCUGCGCCUCCCCCAUGUCACUUCAGCUUUUGCCUUCUUAACGUCAACCGAUCAUGAGUUGUUCAGAAUUCAUCUUUUACUUCUUUUUCCCUCCAAAGAUAUAAAAUACCCCAGUGCCCUCAAAUUGGGUUCUUUGCCGGCAUCGACUGGUCUUCAGCUUUUCUUUUAGCCUUGAAGUUUGGAGCGGGGUCUUAGAUGUUUUCAAGCUUUCAGUUGCAUUGAAGUCCUCCCCCCCCCCCAGCCAAUUCUGGAAUUGCCCAUGUUGUUGAGACUUUUGUCAGUUGCUGUGCUCUCCUCUCCCAUCUUACUGGAAGUGACAAAAUCAAUGCGUAGUGUCAUGGAAACAAAACUUUCUGAGGUAUAUUGAGACUCAAGCUGGAAAGGGCUUUUUCCUUUGGUGAUAUUACUCUGCUAGCAAGAGCUGCAGAAGUAUAGGACUGUCAAAAACUCUUUCUCUUCUGCCCCCACCCCUCCAACGAUAAUUCUGUACCCAGGUGUAACAUGGAUUUAGAACUGUGGUUCUAAUGGGGAAAGUCUAUGGUGGUUUUUGCCAUAGCUGUUUUCCUUAAGAGCUGAAAGCUCUCAGCUUAUAUCAAAUAACUUGAGAGGCUCUGAGUUAGUAACUGGAAAUCCUUAGGUGUGCCACUCUGUCCUAGCUUGGCCAGAAGUGAGUGGGGAUUUCUGUGGAUGACCCAAGAGUUUUGUAGGGAAAAUAACUCAGCCCCUCAGCCAUUGACUCACCUAGUGUUUGAAGAUUGAGAGCACACGCUCUCCAGGCCAAAACAAUUCCCCCCCCCCCUCCAAUCUAAAAAUGACCCUGCUUGUGUUAACAGGAUACUCUUCACAGUCAGUGACCCUUUGGACUUGGAGUCGUACAAGAAGGGGUAAGCUGAAAACCCGUAUUUAUUGUUUUGCUUGCCUUUAAGAACAAACCUUAAGUAGUGCAAGCUGUUCUCAUACAAUCACAUGGCAGGUGUUCUGCCUGCCAGCUUGUUCUCUCAGACAGUGGCUGGCAUCCUGUUAGUGGCAUAUGCAGACGUUGGUCAAAGUUAUUCCUGCGUAUGUCCUUUUUUGGGGGUGUUGCAGAGGUUUGUAUUCCCUUCCUCCCUGCACAACAACCAAAGCCCCCCUCCAAACUUACUGUACAGCCAUUGUAUCUCUGCUCCCACGGCUGUUCCAUGCCCAAUGGAGAGUAGGAUGGUCAGGGAAGUGUCUGGCUAUGUCCUGGUAGCCAGAUGUGAAAUGAUUCCUUCAUGGAUUGAGUCUUCUGGGAAAUCCAAGCUGAUCACAGCAGGCAAUGUGAUUAUUCUGCACCUGGUUCUCAGGACAUAGCCAACUCCUUCUUUACCAGAUGCAGGAUGGCUGUGGGACACCACAGUGUCUCUAUGGUAAGCCUGGGGGUUCUUGAAUGGCCCACUGGAGUGUAGUUCUGCAUCUGCAGCUACUGCACUACAUGGAGCUUUACAGGCUUCUGGCCCAUGAAUGUGUUGAAUUUCAGUGGACAGUGUUUUCCAAAACCUCCAUCGCAGCGACUCCUCUUCCACAGCCAACCUCUGUGUGCAUCUCUUGUCAAGUGGCUUCUCAUUCAAGAAUAGGAAGGUGAAUGGAGCGAUCCCUUCAGGAGAAGGAGUCUGUAGAAACGAUGGAUGGAUAUUAAUGAUUUGAAGCAAUGUUAGAGCCCCACGGGUGAGGGAAUUCUCAUAGUCUCUUAGAGCAGGGAGCAAGGGUGUGAUUGUUGCCAGUUCAGCAGUUCGGUGUCCGAUUUCCAAAGCGUGGGGAGGUUUUCCCCCCAAGGCCUCCAUUCGCAGCACCUCCCUUGCUCUCGUCCUGGCUCCGUGCCGCUGCUGGACCGUUUCUUGUCAAUGGAGGCUCUGCCCCGGGGGUUCCUUGGUGGGCCGUGUCAGUGGAAGGUGCCUGUGGAGUAUUUGCGGAAGGGGUGGGGUGGGGUGGGGGUGGCGUGGGCGAGCGGGGCGGUGUGGCGUCUUUAGCGGUGCUGAUGUCAAGCGGUGGAAUGUCUAACUGGUUUGCUAGGAUGAUUUCUGUAUAUUGAAACUUUCUAAUUAUGCUUUUUAAAUAACUUUAAAAAACUAAAAAUAAAGGUGCCAAGCUGCCAAAUCUUC